AUGCUUCUUUCAAGGAACGAAGCCAACGAAGCAGCCAACGAAGCCAAUGAAGAAAACCUGACGGAGCAGCCUACUAUCAAGGAGCCUUUCUUUGAAGGACUAACCAACAAAGCAUUCAAAGAAGCUAAUGGAGGACUUUCAAGGACUAACCAACGAAGCAUUCAAAUGGAGAAGUUGCUGACGGAGCAGCCUACUACCAAGCCGCCUACGAAGCAGAUAGAAGCAGCCCACAAAGCCGUCAUUGAAGCUUCAAGUUUUCAAGGACUAGCCAAUGAAGCAUUCAAAGUAGCUAGAACUUUCUACUUAACCGGUAGAAGGAGUAACCAACGAAGCAUUCAAAUGGAGAAGUUGCUGACGGAGCAGCCUACUACCAAGCCGCCUACGAAGCAGAUAGAAGCAGCCCACAAAGCCGUCAUUGAAGCUUCAAGUUUUCAAGGACUAACCAUCGAAGCAUUUAAAUGGAGAAAAGUGGCUGACGGGGCAGCCUACUACCAAGCAGCGUAUGAAGCAGAUAGAAGCAGCCCACAAAGCGGCCAUCGAAGCUUCAAGCUUUCAAGGAGGAACCAACGAAGCAUUCAAAUGGAGAAGUUGCUGACGGAGCAGCCUACUACCAAGCUUCCUGCAAAGCAGAUAGAAGCAGCCCACAAAGCCGUCAUUGAAGCUUCAAGCUUUCAAGGAAUAACCAACAAAGCAGCCAACGAAGCCGGUGGAGAAGUGGCUGACGGAGCAGCCUGCCACCAAGCAGCGCGGACUGCAAGGCAGUGCGGCGGACUUGAAGGCAGCGCGGUGGACUUGAAGGCAGCGCGACGGAGUGCAAAGCAGCGCGGCGGACUCCAAGUCAGCGCGGCGGACUUCAAGGCAGCGCGGCGGACUUCAUGGCAGCGCGGCGGACUUGAAGGCAGCGCGACGGAGUGCAAAGCACCGCGGCGGACUGCAAGGCAGCGCGGCGGACUUCAAGGCAGCGCGGCGGACUUGAAGGCAGCGCGGUGGACUUGA